CUCCUCUUUGACCGGUCGGCUGACGUCGAGCUGCUGCCACGUCAUCGGACGCUCCGUCACCACCAACAACAUCAAACAUGGCGGCGUCCGUCCGGGAGAAGCAGACGGUCGCUCUGAAGCGCAUGUUGAACUUUAACGCUCCUCCUCUGAAGAACACAACAGCCGAGCCAGUAUGGAAGGUGUUGAUAUACGACAGGUUCGGCCAGGACAUCAUCUCCCCGCUGCUGUCCGUCAAAGAGCUGAGAGACAUGGGCAUCACCCUGCACCUUCUGCUUCACUCAGACAGAGAUCCUAUCCCCGACGUUCCUGCCAUCUACUUCGUCAUGCCCACAGAGGAGAACAUAGACAGGAUAUGUCAGGACCUGAGGAACCAGCUGUACGAGUCAUACUUUCUGAACUUCAUCUCUGCAAUCAGUCGGAGUAAACUGGAGGACAUCGCCAGCGCCGCCCUGGCUGCUAACGCCGUCACUCAAGUCACCAAGGUUUAUGAUCAGUACCUCAACUUCAUCACUCUGGAGGACGACAUGUUCGUGCUCUGCCAUCAGAACAAGGAGCUCAUCUCGUACCACGCCAUCAACAGAGCAGACAUCCAGGACACAGACAUGGAGGCCAUCAUGGACACCAUCGUCGACUCGCUCUUCUGUUUCUUUGUCACGCUCGGUGCAGUGCCGAUCAUUCGCUGUCCCCGUGGAAACGCAGCAGAGAUGGUCGCCGGGAAACUUGAUAAGAAGCUCCGAGAGAACCUGCGGGACGCCAGAAACAGCCUCUUCACUGGAGACAACAUGGCUGCCGGACAGUUCAGUUUUCAGAGGCCUCUGUUUGUUCUGGCUGAUCGUAACGUGGACCUGGCCACGCCCCUUCACCACACCUGGACCUAUCAGGCGCUGAUCCACGAUGUGCUGGACUUCCAUGAGAUGGGUGGAGGAGGGCAUGGGGGCUGCGCCAUCUCCUGCCGGUGCCAGACAAAGAAGAAGAACAGGAACGACCUGACCGCUGCCGACAAGUUCUGGCAACACAAGGGCAGUCCGUUCCCAGAGGUGAGAGUGGUCCAGGAGGAGUUGGACACUUACCGAGCGCAGGAGGACGAGGUCAAACGCCUGAAGAGCAUCAUGGGGUUUAGAGGCGAGGACGAAGGAGCCAUCAGCAUGCUGUCAGACAACACGGCGAGUGCUUUCCUCUGUUGACUUGUUUUGUGUUCCUCUGUGUGCUGCAGCUCUCUGCCCGAGCUGCUGGAGAAGAAACGACUGAUCGACCUGCCACCAACGUGCACAGCCGUCCUCGACCACAUCAAGUCGUAACUGGACGUUUACUUUGAGUUUGAAGAGAAACUGAUGAGCAAGUCGACCUUAGACAAAUCUAUACUGGACAUCAUCAGUGACCAAUCAGCCGGGUCCCCUGAAGACAAAAUGAGACUUUUCCUCAUCUACUACAUCGCAGCUCAGCAGGUUCCUUCAGAGUUGGACUUGGAGCAGUAUAAGACGGCUCUGAUGGACGCCAACUGUGACCUUUCACCUCUGAACUACAUCAAGCAAUGGAAGGCGUUUGCAAAGAUGGCUGCAGCCCCGGCAAACUACGGCAACAGUGGAGUCAAACCGAUGGGGUUGUUUUCCAGAGUGAUGAACACAGGCUCCCAGUUUGUGAUGGAGGGAGUGAAGAACCUGGUGAUCAAACAGCAUAACCUUCCGGUCACUCGGAUCCUGGACAACCUGAUGGAGAUGAAGUCUCAUCCUGAAACAGACGACUAUCGAUACUUUGACCCAAAGAUGCUGCGAGGCAGUGAGAGCUCCAUUCCCAGGAACAAGAACCCGUUUCAGGAGGCCAUCGUGUUCGUGGUCGGAGGAGGAAACUACAUCGAGUAUCAGAACCUGGUGGACUACGCUAAGAUGAAACAGGGGAAGAAGGUCGUUUACGGCUGUAGUGAACUCUUCAAUGCUACUCAGUUCAUCAAACAGCUCUCCCAACUCGGCCAAAAGUGACGGGGACGCCAACGACACCUGUGAAUCUCUCUCUCUCUCUCCCUCUCCCUAUUGCUCACCCCCUCUCUCUCUCUCCUCCCCCUCUCUAUCCUCCCCCCUCCCCCCUCUCUCUCUCUCUCUGUUUUCUCUUUAUUCCAGUUGUUUUAUAAAACUCUGUAAAUGGACUCAAACAUUUUCUGUCUUCACUGUAAUAAUUUUCUGUCUCUGAGCUCUAAUGAUAAUAAAACUAGAAUCUAACCUUA